AUGUCCACGGAAAACGCAAAGCUUUCUCUCUUGCGAAGGCACCGUUUGCUCGCCCCCUCUGCCGCCGUCCUCGUCAGUCCAAUAUGCUUGGGAGGCAUGAACUUUGGGGAUGCGUGGAAAUCCAAGCUGGGUGAAUGCAACAAAGAUACCACGUUUGAGAUUCUGGACUAUUUCUAUCAGAUGGGCGGGAAUUUUAUAGACACGUCAAACAACUAUCAAGCUGAGCAAAGCGAAGCGUGGAUUGGCGAAUGGAUGGCCAAGUAUCCCCAUCGUCGUGACGAGAUGGUAAUUGCGACUAAGUACGCUGAAGACUGGAAGACUUACACUGGACCGCAUCUUCUACAAUCUAACUACGGCGGCAACUCGGCUAAAUCGUUACAUAUAUCAGUUGAAGCAUCUCUAAAAAAGUUCCAGACAACAUAUCUCGAUUUACUCUACGUUCACUUCUGGGAUUACACCGCCUCAGUUGAGGAGGUGAUGACGAGCUUGAACAUACUCGUUAACCAGGGCAAGGUAUUGUAUUUAGGGAUCAGUAAUACGCCCGCUUGGAUCGUGGUUAAGUGCAACGAGUUCGCUCGGCGACAUGGAAUGAGAGGGUUUUGCGUCUAUCAGGGCCGAUGGAGUGCCGCUGAUCGAGAUAUGGAAAGGGAUAUCCUACCAAUGUGUAAGGCUGAAGGUAUGGCAGUGGCUCCGUGGGGCGCGCUGGGAGGUGGAUACUUUAAAUCUCCAACUCGAUCACAAACCGAUGAUCAAGGUCGGACGUUAACCUCGUUGGUUGUUGGAAGAGAAGAGGCGCUCUCGAUAGUCCUUGAUAAAAUCGCAAAGGCUCGGGGUACUCUCAUCACAUCAGUCGCAUUUGCGUACAUCAUGCAAAAGGCACCCUAUGUAUUUCCAAUCUGUGGAGGCCGCAAGAUAAGCCACCUUAAAGGAAACAUUGAGGCAUUGGAGCUCGAGCUUUCUACGGAGGAGAUUGACGAGAUCGAAGCGGCGUACCCUUUUGAUGUUGGCUUCCCAUUGAAUGUGAUUAACGGCCCGAAACCACCUCUGGUACCGCAGGACAACAUGCAGACGGCGGUCCGGGGAAAAUUUGAUUAUGUGGAAGGUCCAAAACCUAUCAGCCUGUCUCGCACCAAGGGACCAUCAUUGUAG